AUGAUAUCAAGUAUAAUUAAAAAGAUUAACAUUAUGAAGUCAUUUCAGUUAAUAGAUUCAGCAUUUAGAUCAUAGAAAUUAUAAUAUAAAACGAACCUAAUUGCAAAUUUUUAAUUAAUGAAUAAAGUUAGAUAGAUUAUAUCAUUAAUAGAUAAGAAGAAAGAGAUAAAAGAAAUAUUAGCCAAUAUCCGAAGGUUUGUGAAUUUUUUAAAUUACAGUAAGAGGACAUUUUAUUUUUUGCAGUUACAAAUCAUAAAUUUUACAAUAAAAAAUUUUUUAUACAUUAGUUUUUACUAGAAAAUAAAUAAAUUCCUUUGGCUGAGUUUUAAGAUGAUAUUCUUACUUAUAUUUUAUAAUCAAUAGAUAAAAAAGUAUUAAGUAUAUAUUUUAAAUAAGAGUGGUUAUUGA